GUUUGCAAAGGAGGCGGACCUAAUGCGACCCCCACAGUUGAGCUCCGAAGGGUUUUACAAUGCCGACCAUUUCUCAAAGCGCAUUUUCAGUUGCUGACUUGGAGAGCGACGGUCCUAUAGUGCGUAAAUGCCCACGAAUGUAACUAAAUACUGUCUCCCUCACUGAGAAAAAGCAAGAAAACAGGAAGCGAUUCAUCUAAUUAUUCCCACUCAUCAGAGGAAUUAACCUGCACUCUUUGCGACAACAUCAUUUGAUCUUCAAGAUAUUGAAUGACUAUAAAGGAACUACUAUACUGAACAUACACAAGGAAAAGAGUCUGGUACAACUUGGAUAAUGGAACCUGCUCAGUCAGAAAUGAAUAUCUUAUCCAAUGGGAAAAGUCAUGACCUUGGAGAUGAUGUGGGCGUGCCAAUGAAGACGUUAUUAGAAGAGGAUCAAAAUGGCACUCAAACUGUCAGAUUUGAUGACCCUGAUGGAUUGUUGGAGAGUGAGGAAUUUUUGCCCAGUGGAGAUGGAAAGAAAGCUAUUCGAUUCACAGAUUUUGAAGGAAAGACCUCUUUUGGUAUGUCUGUCUUCAACCUGGGUAAUGCUAUUAUGGGGAGUGGAAUCCUGGGAUUGGCAUAUGCCAUGGCCAACACUGGCAUCCUUCUCUUCUGGUUUCUUCUCUCUGCAGUAGCAGCCCUGUCAUCUUAUUCCAUUCAUCUAAUGCUCAAAUCCUCUGGCAUUGUGGGAAUUCGUGCUUAUGAGCAGCUGGGGUACAGGGCCUUUGGCACCCCAGGAAAAAUGGCUGCUGGUAUAGCAAUCACCCUGCAGAAUAUUGGAGCUAUGUCCAGCUACCUGUACAUUGUGAAAUCUGAGUUGCCACUUGUCAUCCAAGCUUUCUUGAAGGCAGAUCCCAGCUCUGAUCUGUGGUACUUGAAUGGAAACUACCUGGUCAUCAUGGUCUCUGCCAGUGUCAUCCUGCCCCUGGCUUUAAUGAAGCAGCUUGGUUACCUCGGUUACACCAGUGGUUUUUCUCUCAGCUGCAUGGUGUUCUUUCUCACUGCUGUUAUCUAUAAGAAGUUUCAGAUUCCCUGCCCCUUUGAGGAGUUCUCAGUCAACAGCACCUCUGCGCUCCACAGCCUGAACAUCUCAAGCCACAGCCUUGAGCACAACAGUGCCCUAGUUCACGAGGACGACGACGAUUCCCACUGUGGUGCCCGCAUGUUCACCAUCAACUCACAGACAGCAUAUACCAUCCCCAUCUUGGCAUUUGCCUUUGUUUGCCACCCUGAGGUCCUGCCUAUCUACACUGAGCUCAGCAAUCCAACAAAGAAGAGGAUGCAGCAGGUGUCCAACAUCUCCAUCUUGGUCAUGUACACCAUGUACUUUCUGGCAGCUCUCUUUGGCUACCUUACCUUUUACGGCAAGGUGGAGCCUGAACUGCUGCACACUUAUAGCCGGAUUGAUCCUUAUGACACAUUGAUCUUGUGUGUGCGAGUUGCUGUCCUUACUGCUGUCACACUGACUGUCCCUAUUGUGCUGUUCCCUGUGCGUAGAGCCAUCAUGCAGAUGUUAUUCCCCACCAAGUCUUUCAGCUGGUUGCGUCACAUUGCCAUUGCUCUGGUUCUGCUCACUUUAAUCAACCUGCUGGUGAUAUUUGCUCCUAAUAUUCUGGGCAUCUUCGGCAUCAUUGGCGCAACAUCAGCCCCUUGCCUCAUUUUCAUCUUCCCUGCUGUCUUUUACAUCCGCAUCGUUCCCAAAGAGGAGGAACCCAUGAGCUCUGUUCCCAAGAUACUGGCUCUCUGUUUUGCUGCCUUGGGCAUCUCCUUCAUGGUAAUGAGUCUGAGCUUCAUAAUAAUUGACUGGACAACGGGGAGCAGCAACGCUGGUGGAGGCCACUAGAUCCUGCUUCAUUAUGUGUGGGCUUAGGAAAGGGGUGAAAAAAGAACUGGUCAAUGUAAAGGGCGCAUUAUCACCUCAGUGGGAACACACUACAGGGCUGCCAAGCAUAGAGCCUGAGGUUUGAUAACAGUACAGAAUAUACAGUUAGUUUGAACAGUUGGAAAUCACACCUAUAUUUAUCAAGUUAAAUUAACAUUUUUAUUAUAACUUAACACAUAUCUGAACAAAAUCCUUUCAUAACAACUUUCUAUAAUUCUUAAACUUAAAGAAAUGCAAUAAUAAUGUAGUGUUUUCUGAUUUUUUGAUAUCAUCUGAUAGUGUGACUUAAUCUAUUCAUGAUGGUGAAAUGGUUCUUUCCUGUUACUUCUUUAUUUACCCACAAACAAUUGCAGCUGGUACUGUACAGAAAAAUGUUGGCAUGAUUGUUUGGUAGGCUAGAGACAGGAAAGCUUUAUUAUAUACCUUUACAUGUGAAACAGCCAAAUAACUCAUAAAUUAUUUUCAUGCAAAUAUUGUUUUCCAUGAGACGCACAAGUAGAGGACAGCCAAGAGUGGGGAAAUAGUCAGAGAAUCCCACCCUGUAUCAGAAGGAUUGUUUAUCAUCAUGUAAAAUAAGAGCAAGAAAGAAAUGUUCAGAAUGCAGAUGACAUUUCAUUUUCAUGUUUUUUCAAUUGCCAGAAUUGGUAUGUACUGUAAUAUUACACAGGCUAAGCUUUGGUGAAAAUAGAUCAGAUAACUCUUCAGAAACCUUCGUGCCUUUUAGCAUUUUGGAACAGCGCACAAACACACAGUGAAAAAAACAGGAGUUUAUAUUUAUUUUGCUACUACAUCUGUUCUUUUUUAAUUAAAAUGGAUUUUAUUUAACAACUGUAUAUGAUGAUGAUGAUUCAAAUACAUAAUGUAUUAUUUCAGUUUUUGUUUAAGCUUACAGUAGUAUAGAUGAUGGGAAGUGUUACAGACUGACAAUAUUUUAAAAUACCAAAAACUGAGAUUUUAUGAUUUGAUGUAUUAGCACAUACAUACCUCCCUGUGACAUUGAGUAUAAACCAAGUACAGUUCAAGUUUACCCUCAUAUUUCACCAUGUAUCCAGAUUCUUAAGCUCUUAAAUUGUCAUUCUCCCUAUUUUUAGUCAUUAGACUUCUAUAAACUCAGAAAUAAUUCUUCUGAUACUUAGAUUGGAUGAAAAUCCAAAUUGAGCAUGCCAUAUUUUUGAAGGCUACUUGAAAGUAAACUACAAUUUAAAGUGUUAGUUCACUGAAAUUACAAAAAAAAAAAAAAAAAAAAAGUCUCUGUAGUAGGUGAAAAAUAUGGUAUCUUUGGGGUAAACCAGAAAACAUGGGUUAAUUAUUUUUUGGAAUUUCGAAAACCCACAGUUUAACAAGCCACUCUGAAUAAUUUGUGAUAUUGGGGUAAUGGCAUUGCUGUACUGGUUUGUUAUAUUUUCUUCUCCUUUCACAAUUGUUGAAUAUUUAGACCUGCAUGUUGUUUUUGUCCAGUCUGUCCUGUAGUUGGCAUAGUGACCUGCACAGUAAGAGAUUUUCCUUUUCACACAGUCAUACAGUAGAUGUUAUUGUAAUACUGUACAUCUGAUAGUGACGUGUAUCAAAGUCCCAAUCUGUGCUGUAGUUAUGUGAAUAUUGAAUUAGUAUUGUGAAGUACUUCUUACAAAGACAUGACAUAAUGUUUCAGACAUUACUGUUGUGAUGUCCAGUCUCUUGUGUCAUAUUCGUUUUGAGCUUAAUUGAGAUAUGUGGAUGAUUAUUUUGAAUUUUCAGACACACAAUAACACUGACAAACUGCAUAUAUACUGUAUAUGUAUUUUGUAUAGAUUAUAGUAGCAUUUCCAUAUGUAGAAAUGUAAACAAUUAAGUUUUAAACAGUUUUAAACCUGGUAAGAAACUUCAGAAACGUUACAACAAAUAUUUGCUGCUUUCACCCAAAGAUGGUUUUAUAUUGUAUCACAGCUCUCAGGCUUUAAAAAAGACCUGUGUGAAUCCUUACUUCUCUCAUCUUAUUUAUAUAUGUAACUCUAUUUUGUGUUUGUUUAGCCGUUUUGAUUCCGGAUCAAGGUAUUUUUUAUGGAUAAAUUAUGAAUGACAGCAGGAAGAAUAUUUAGUGCACAUAUCAACUUCCGUCCCUUGCUUCACGUAUUCACUGUAGUUGUGGUGUAGAUGAAGGUCUUAUUUAAUCAUGUUUCUUUCUUCACGUGAAGGGAUCGUGCCAAAGUAACAACUUACUACCUACUGUUCUAAAAUGCCUUUAACUUAUAAACAGGUACCACAGAUGGAUUAUGUCAAUGAUGCAUUUUUCAUGUACCUAAACAAAUUGAUCAGAUAUUUUAUUAUAGCUGUUGUUCAAAAUCUCUGGAAAUGACACAACUAUAAGUAAAUAACAAGGUAUAUGAAUUUUGGUGAAUAAGAUGUGGCUUUAUAUAAAUAAUGUAUAUAAAUGUAAACCUUUUAUAUUUGUGAUGCAUAUUUACAGUAGCUUGUAAAGUGUACAUAGCAGGGACAGUUUUAGUUUGGCAAUAAAAUAAUUGUAGAUGUUU